CAGUCCGGCAAAACAAGUAAAAGUCGGGCACGAGCGUUCUUGUUAAAGUUUUACACGACCUUUGUCAAAUAUCCGCUAUUUUGCGUCGCGGUGUUUCAGAUCUCGCCACGCAUUGCCUUGCAAAAAAAAUUAAUUUCAAAUUAGUUGUAUUUGAUCUGUGCGUGGUAUAAUUGCGACAUGGCAAUCCGAUAUUCAUAUUUCUGGAAAUGUUAAGCUCGUUGACAUGGCGAGACUGUCGUCUUUAAAGCGUCUAUACUGUUAUAGAAAGGUUAUACUGUUAUGAGAAUUGGUAAUUUGUACUAAAAUGUGUGAAAAAGCAGAUGCCCUGGAAAAUAUUUUUUGCUAGAGGAAGCCAUAAUGCUGAGUGGUAGAAAUUAAAAAAAAAUGGGGGGAAUGUUUCAUUUCCAAAGCCCCCAGGAGUGCAGGACGCUUUCGGGACUAAGAAAAUACUUAUGCAUUCAAUAAAGAUGAUAACAGUAUAAAUCAUGCGAGAAAUUUGCAUGUUUAUGAGGGUGCAAUCUGAAAUAACAGCUGAUUUGAAUAUAAUCAUCAUGUUUCGGACACUUGUCGUCCAAUCAUUACAGUUUGUUGACAAUUAACUGACAAUUACUAGAGCAUUUACAGCACAUCUUAUUCAGAAGAUGUUCCCAUGGAAGCAAUCAGGAUUAUCCUACUAUUGGCCAAGAGAUUUUCUUUCUUUAAACUGCAGACUUUAAAAGUUUGCUUUCUGCUUUACUCAAGUUAAACUUGCCUCCUGGUCGAAGUGCACACGCCGAAAAGCCGUUAUGUAUCGACGUUUUUACUGACAAACUCGUUUUGAAUGCCAAAAGUUUAUACAGGCCAAAAUCCUCAUCAUUCUUCAAGGAACGACAAGAGUUGUGUUUUGGCUAGUCCCGCGCUGAAUUCAAGUAUACAUACAACGAACUGUAUUUAAACUUUACUUCGUUUGUAUAAUGAGCAAAGGGCCGAAAAAAGACACGACGUAUACAAAACUCUUCGUUGGGAAUAUUCCUUAUGGGACAAACGAUGAAACUUUGAAAACGUACUUCACCCAGUUUGGGGCCAUUGAUGAAGCUGUGGUGAUACGGUCGAAAAAUGACAACGCAUCAAAAGGCUAUGGUUUUGUAACAAUGAGGGAUGAACAUGGCGCACAGCGAGCAUGUGAAAACAAGAAACCUUUGAUAGACGGACGAAGAGCUAACGUUCAACUGGCAUAUCUUGGUGCCAAAAAGAAGACGAAAGAAGGUCCUGGCAAACUAUUCUCAAAUGGGACAAUCGGCAAAUCAUACGGAGUGCCACCCCCUCCUUUUGUGAUUCCCACCAGUAUGGUAUUUCCUAACGGACAACAAACCUACGUUAUGGCUACGUCACCAACGUCACCCCCACCUCCCAUGAGUCCAAUAGCGGGACCCAUGAGCCCCCCGAACCAGGCUCAAGUCUUUUUUGAAUACUCUCCAUACCUCGCUGGCCAAACCGUAUUCUAUGGUAGCACGUUGUACGACCAAAAUUUCGUACCAGCUGGUCAAGUCAUUCUUAGUUCACCAGCGUUCCCACCACAGACGUAUAUCCAACCCAUCUCCUCUCCUCCACCGCCUGGCCCCGUACCCAUGGCACUAUCAACCUGUCAACAUGCACAGUUCUAUCUCCAAAAUGGUGACCAGGGGCUCACCCCUCCCCCUGGUAAUGCUCAACCAAUGCUAGUCAACCAAUGAUCCACAAUCCAAAGGCAAAAAUUUUAUAUCCUGAUGAAUUUAAUGGGCUACGAAUCAUAUUUAUUCAAAACCAAUUUUAAUGGACCAAGGUAAAUCUUUCAACUCAUUGGCCUUGAUGCUCUCAAUUCUGCAAAAAUUAUAUUAUGUUGUCGUAAUAUCUGUCUAUUUGUAACAUGAAAUGUCGAAAUUGUAAAUUCUGUCCUAAACGUCAAAAGUCGUAGACUAUUCUGAAAAUUUGUCAGAUUUUGUUCAACAUCGUUCUUAGCAAUGUUUAAAGAGAGGCCAGAUAAAGCUAUCUAUUAACAAACGCCUUCUCCCUGCUUUUAACCUUUCUGACAAAUCUCAAUGUGAA